CUUUUUCCCUUGCGGAUAUGGACGGCCUGUGAGUGGUCCAAAGUGUUCCCAAGCUGGAGACAUCAUGAGGUAGACUCUUCUGUUUUUGUAUAUUUUAGUGACAUUUUCCAUGUCUCUGUCCUUUUUCCCCCUUAAUAUUCUUUUGUCAAUAAUGAGAGCCAUUUGGCGGUUGCAACACUGUAAAAACGUUAUACCUUUAAACAAGAUCAGUUCUCAGACGUUGCCACUUGGGCUGUUUUCGUUUCGGGUGGCUACAUCCGCGAAAUCUCAUAUUUCGACUGCUUCUUUCGUAUCUCCAAGUAAACACCAGCAAACAGUCAUGUCUGAAUCAAAACCUCAAGAAGAGGCAAAGCCUGUGGAGAAUGCUGAGACAAAGACGGAGGAGGAGUUACCACCGCUGUCUGAUCAUGAGUUUAAGAUCUAUAACCGGGCGGCCGACCACAUGGAAUAUUUUCACAACAACUUUCGAAGAUCAUGGAACCUCCUAUGGAAUGCCUGCACCAACAACCGUCGACCCCAAGGCAUGUCACUAAAGCAGUUUAUCAUGGAAGGCCUCCAAUUCGCUGAGCAUCUCACCAUGCACCACAACAUCGAGGAGACAUACAUCUUCCCCGUGCUAGCUAAGAAGAUGCCCGAGUUCCGAGGAGGGCGCGCCGAACUUCUUCGCCAGCACAAGCAGAUCCAUGCAGGUCUGGAUCACUUCGAGGAAUACCUCAAGAAAUGCAGGACGGGAGACGAGGAGUUCGAACUCAGUGUGCUCAAGACAAAGAUGGAGACUUGGGGCGAGGUGCUGUGGAAGCAUCUGGACCAAGAGGUUGAGACGUUGGGGGCGAAUAAUAUGAGGAAAUACUGGACCAAGGAGGAGGUGAUGAGAUUACCCAUGUGAAAGAGGCCCAUGGCUUGUUAUUUAGCUGUGCUGUUAAUCCAUGUACCUACAUAUAAAGAGCAGAAUGUGCCAUGUGUGAGGAGGGAUUGGGGAGAUACUUGAUGCUGUUCGGGGAUGUCUAUGUAAAUGGGAUACGAAGACAUUGAUGCUUGACCCCUGAAUUCAGGUCAAAUAUAUUAACAACCAUUCAUUCAAA